AUGAUGAACGAGUUGCAAGCCCAUCAGAUGCACUUCAAGUGAGUUUUCGGCCGUUGUAGACCCCAACUAACCUGAACUUUUGAACCACUUGCAAUAUUCCGAUCGGACCCAAACUUUGCAGAAUUGUUGGACUUGGAUUGAGGGCCAUUGGGUCCAAGUUUCAGCCCGAUCGGAUCGUCGGGUUCCGAGAUAUGUGGAUCAUUGGCCGAAAUUGGCCGGAAGUCCGGGCUUUUUGGAAAAAAAUCGGCCAAUGAUCCACAUAUCUCGGGAUCCGACGAUCCGAUCGGGCUGAAACUUGGACCCAAUGGCCCUCAAUCCAAGUCCAACAAUCCUGCAAAGUUUGGGUCCGAUCGGAAUAUUGCAAGUGGUUCAAAGGUUCAGGUCAACGGCUGGCCAAUUGCCCAGCCCUGGUUCAAGUAUAUUUCUGUUUCUUCAACAUUUGAAAACUCCUUCUUAUUGAUUGAAUUUCAAAUACACAAUCGAUCCAUUCGUUGCGAUACCCACGUAACUUGAACUGUCUCGAACUGUAGAGCACUGCUUGAAUGCUCAGCAAAAUGAUCCCUAAUUACCGAAAAAAUGUUCGUGUUUCAAGUAUGUGUGGUAAAGAUCUGAUUGGGACCAUCUUUCAGUGCUUCCAUACCAAUUGUUAGCCAUUCGUGAACUUUCUGAGACUUUUCAUUGUUUCAGACACCCAAGAUGAAUCCUUAAAGCUCUUCUGAGUUGUUUAUUCUUUUUGGAACUUGAACGUGUUAUGCACAUUUUAAAUCUAUUUACCUGUUUCGUCAGCACGAUUUGCCAGGGCCUUUAAAAAUGCUUCGUUUAAUUUUCUUAGCACUUCGCAAAACCGUAUUUUGUACUCAAUGAGUGUGUGGUCAUCGACAUCUCCGUCUGCUUCUCUUCAUCUCUUCAUGUCCUCUCCCGUCCCCGUCAUCGCUAUUGUAUUCUUCUAUUUCUAUCCGUCAUGAGGUGAGACCACGUGAUGCAAUGGAAAAGAAGAGAAAAGGAUGCUCGAAUCCAACCGGUUACUCCACUUUUUUCAUCGAUCAGAGGGGAAAAGGAAAUGAAAUUGUUGCUGUUCGGAACGUUGUCAUAAAAAAUGAGAGGAACAAAACGCAUAAGUUUUCUGUUUCUGAAACUUUAGAUUACUUUGUCAAAAUGUGCGCACUUUCUCCAUAGCUGACAAUAUGGGCGUGGCGACCUCGGCCAAAUCGCGUUUUCAUGAAUUGAGCAGGUUUUCACUGAUUUUUGUGGUCAACGGCGAUGAAAAAUGAUUGUUCGACAUGAAAACACACGAAUUCUCCGAAUUAGUGACGUUUUGGGGCAUUUUUCGCGGACUUUGCUUUUUCGCCUUCGCCGCCUAAAACCGCACUUCCCAUUUUGCGUUUUCUUGACCGUUUUCAGACAGAAUUGGUUUUGAGAAUGAUAAAUCACGUAAAUACAAGCAUUUUGAGCGCUCGAACCGCGAAAACUACCGAAAAGCAACUGAAAUUCACGCAGUUUUAGCCAAAAACCUUCAAACGGAUAAAUGUGAUUUGCGACCUGACCAAAUUUAACGCUCUUGCGCUUAAAAGAUUCGUAAUAGCCUAUACAAUCGGUCUAUCGAGAGACAAAUGAGAAAUUAUCGGUUUUUCGUGGCUAAUCUGGCAAAAAACACAAAUUUUGCUGUUCAAAUUUGAAUUUCGCGCCAAUGUAUCGCUCUAUUGGGCGGGGCGCACUUGCGCCCAUUGUAAGCUCUGGAGACCGUGCUGGGGAAAAAUAGAAUUUGGAAAAAGCAAUGGUUUUACAAUGUCCAUAAAAGAAGGAGUAAGCGAUUCGAUGGUACCAUUAACUUCUCAUUCCCUCCCUCCUUCUUGACGUCUUCUUGUUACAGCUCCUCGAAGUUUUGCAACUAAGUCAGAAAUGUUCUGAAAGUCAUUUGUCACUUUGCUGUAACUGUGCAAAGAAGCGAUUCUAGAAUAAUACGAUUAGUCACCAUUUCUCUUUCACGCUUUCCCUCAACUUUGACCACACCCGACCAUGACAUCAUCAGGGGUGCAAACAGUGGCCUUGUUUCUUUGCUGUCCCCCCUCCGUUUUAUAGUUCUGUUUUCCUGUCCGAUGCCACGUGGCGCCCUCUGAUCUUCUGAUUCCUCUCCGCCGCCCGCCAAGUCCCUCUUCAUUUUUAUUUGUACAAACAAAACGGGCGAAAUGCUGUCUUUUUCUUUUUUUUCUGAUUGACAGAGAGCGAAACAAGCGUUGAUUAUGUGUGGCCGCCAAUCUUAUUUCCAGUUUUCGUCUCCUUUUGCCAUGUCUGAAACGCUUUAUCUCUCGAUUUGACAGUCGCAUCUCGUUGUGUGCUAGUUUAUGUAGAAUUUGGACAAAAUGCGCUCAGAAACUCAUUUGGAGCGUACUUUUAAUCUUCACAGUUUCUGAUCCAAGUGCGCAAUUCACUUACUAGCUAUGCUGAAACUUCAUUUUCAUUUAUAACCACCAUGAAACACGAAUUUCUGUUAAAUUUUGCACGCCUCGUGUGAAAUUCGAGGGCGCCCAAAUAUAAGAGUUUGAUCUCGCCUAAUUGUCUCAUCUCGAUCCGUAUCGAAUCCGUUUCUGCGGCGCUUCCCCCGUCACGUGACACUAUUUCCUUCUUCUCUUCUCGCCGUCCGAUCGAUGUCGGCCGAUUUUGAACGUUUGAACUUGGAAGGCGACAAUAUUUGGAUGAAAAAAUGGAAAGAGUAGAGAGAAAGAGAGAGAGAGAGACCGAAUAGUGAAUAUGAUCAUUGCGCACCGAUUUCAUCGACCCAACAACUUUUUUUGUUCUACUCAUUUAUCGACUUUUGCCACGAAAACAGCAUUUGUGUGUUUCUUCUGCGUCGAUACGUGCAAAAACAUGGAUAAUUUUGAUAUUAGUCCGAGGCCAAGGAGAAAAUAUGGAGAUUGUAAAUUUACCGUGCAACCAAAGUAAACGGACCUCUUGAAACAGCAAAAAAACCAUUUCGAAUGUCCCCGUUUUCAGUCACAACGACUCGCCGACGUCCUCCGCCACGAGGCACCACCAGUCCACGUCAUCGUUCGAGCCGGCCCGCAAACGACCGAAACUUUCGCCGCCCGUACUCACUGCGAUGCCCCUCGACUGUGAGUUUUAUAAAGUUUAACAGUAUCGUCUCGGAUUUGUUCGAGCACAAAUGAGCUUUUUUUGAAAAAAAGUAGACACGGUCUAGGGUCUGGAAAUCAUUUCAAAGUCAUGUAGAACUGUUUUUUUUCGGCUUUUGCAAAGCAAAGCUUUAAAGGCCCAAUCAUCGAUCUACUUUUGGAAUUCGUUUUUUGCUCCGCAUUGGGUUAAUAAAAAACUGAAGCAGUUCAACUUGGUUUGGUGCUUGUUCGAAACGGCGGAAAACAGUAAUUUUAUCGAAAUUUACGAAAACAAAGUUUCAAUUCGGUCACAUCUCUUGUUAAUUCUGAUUCUCUUCCAGUGGGCGACUCGCUCCUGCCCUCCGACUCUCAAGCGUGCACUUCCAACCUCAAAGGAGUGGUGACUGCGGCCGGAGCCGCGCAAAUGUCCUCGAUCGAAAACUCUACGGCGCCGAACACCUCGGCACCGCCCAUCUGCAUCGUCCCGCGGUCCAUCGAGUUCAUCCAUCCGAAGACCGAGGACGGACUCAUCGAGAUCCCCAGCGCCGGCGUCCAGAGCGGUCAGUUUACUCCCCUAUCCAAUUAUGUACAAUUAUUUUUGUCACCUGCCAAAUGAUCUGGUUGAAACUGAAAAAGUGUCCUAAUCCAACUUAUGGUUUCUGCUUCAAAACUAUGAUUUCGUCCUCCAUUCGUGUACCCAAAUUAGUUUGCGGUCAUGGUUCUUUACUACAAAAACUGAGCAAAUAUGGCGAUUUUCGAUGCACUAUUUGCUCUGAAAUCACUUUUAUUUGAAUAUCAAUUACGUUCCCUUCAAUUACAAGUCUGCACAAAGUUCCGAACCACAGCAUUUGAGAACACGGUUUUACUAUGAGAAUGUUUGUGUCCAAACUUGGGCAUCCGACUAUUUCUUUUGAUCGCGAAAAGAUCAAAAGAUGACCGGCACGUUUAAAAGGGCUGUUCCCGGCGAGAGAGUAUUCCCCCGUCGAGACGCAGGGAGUGUAGUGAGAAGUGUGUUGCAAGUUGCGCAAACAAUACGAUAUCGGGGGGCUGGACGGCGACGAUAAUAGCGGGAAAGAAAGAGAGUAUGCAAAUGGGAGAGAAAGAGAGAGAGAGACGCCCGAAUCACUCACUUCUCGUUCAUUCGCCUCUCCAUUUCUGUCUGGCCGACUCUCCUGAAUUGUUGUUUUAUUCAUGGACACUUUCCUGGCUAGCGGUGCGUUUUGAUCUACGAUUUUGGAAUAAAUUUGAAUUUUUUAGAAUUCACUGGAAUGAAAUGUCGCGUUUGUGGAGAUGCGCGAGCCGGAAGACACUACGGAACGAUCGCCUGCAACGGAUGCAAAGGGUUCUUCAGAAGGAGGUCAGUUAAACCGAAUUAUCUAGAGAUACGGCAGAGAUAUCGAAUAGUUGUCAACUAACAAAAUGUUCAUUAAGACAUUCUCUACAUUUUAUCAGUUGACAACAUUUUGAUAUCUCCACAGACAGCUGAGAUACACCUUGUUUUUCCAGUAUCUGGGAGCAACGAGACUACGUGUGCCGUUUUGGCGGAAAGUGUCUCAUCGUCCAGGAGUACCGUAAUCGGUGCCGUGCGUGCCGACUCCGAAAGUGUUUCACGGUCGGAAUGGACGCAAGGGCCGUCCAAUCGGAGCGGGACAAACACAAGAAGAACCCGAAGGACGCGAAUCCGGAGGGCAGUGCUUCUCCGACGUACCCGCCGGCCACGCCCCUCUCGAUGCCCUCCACCUCAUCCGCUCAGACGCCACCCGCUCCCACUUCGUUCUCCUACCAACACAUUCCCGGAGUCGUCAGCCGAUCCUUCUCGGAGAAUCUUAUAAUGCGCGACGAAUCGGUGCCUUCGUAUCAUCAGACUCCGCCACCGCCACCGCUACAACAGUCCACGUCUUCGCAAGUCCCGUUGGUCAGGUACUUGACUGAUCUGGAACGGACCGUCGACAAUCUGAUCGAUGAGAACUGCGACUUUAUGAGCAUGGAAUUCGAUCAGUUGUGCCGGGUGGACGUUACGAUCGAAGCUGCGUUUCGCCAGCCUGGAGUUGUUGCAAAGAGGACACCCGUUGGUUCUUCCCCCACUAAACCCAUAAUAUCCUUUCGUUUUCAGCCCCGAUGGCUCGCCCUCGAACGUCUGACCACUCUCGAAGACGUCCACAUCGCCUGGUGCCGAUCUUUUGUUCUCUGCUUGGAUUGGGCCAAAACGAUGAAGGACUAUCAGGAACUGACGCACGCGGACCAGUACAAUUUGCUUAGGAAUCGAGUCGUCUCUGUCAAUUGGUUGUGUCACACUUAUAAGGUUAGAGAAAUAGUUUUGCUCUAUCGCAAAUAACUUAAAGGAAUAACUUUAUGAAACUGAGAAACUGAAAACAUUUUCAGACAUUUAAAGCGGGAUGCGACGGAGUGGCCCUCGUGAACGGCAGUUGGUACCCGAGGGACAAGGAACUGCAAAGGCAGCUGGAUCCCGGAUGCAAUCACUAUUUCCGCAUUCUCAGCGAGCACUUGAUGGAGGAUUUGGUGAUUCCGAUGCGGGAUAUGGAAAUGGACGAGGGCGAAUUCGUCAUUCUCAAGGCGCUCAUCCUCUUCAGAGCUCGUAUGUUUCGCCCCGUUUUUCUUGUGCUCUCCAGUCCUGCUCCAAUUGAAAACCGACAAAAUGCUUCCAGAAUUGAAAUGAAAAACAGCUGAAAAACUCGUUUCGCGGCUGCAAAAUAAGGCACCGGAGAUCUUCUCACUAGAGAGCACUAAUAGUAAAACGAAAACACCCCAAGCGCAAUAACAUUUUGAAGACAGACCUCGCUCGAACCGUGUGAAUUUGCAGACCGUCGCCUGUCAGAAGAGGGUCGUGCUCACGUGAAACGAGUCCGUGACAAGUACAUCGAGGCCCUCUACCAACACGUUCAACACCAGCACCGCCACUUUUCUUCCGUUCAGACUUCGAUGCGCAUCAGCAAGAUUCUGCUCUUGCUUCCCAGUAUUGAGGUAGAUUUCAGUUGCAGCAGUGGCAUAUCAUCACACACAAGAUAUUCCAUAAAUCCAUGUUUGCAGCACCUCUCACAACAAGAAGACGACAACGUGCAGUUUCUGGCACUCUUCAACCUGGCCAACCUGAACGGACUGCCCUACGAACUGCACUCGUCGAUCAAACAGCACAUUCCGAUUGGAGACGAUGACACGCAGGUCAGUUUUGUACCAAGAUUUCCGGGAGACGGUCCUGGAUUGCACACUUUCAGGUGAACGAAGUGACGUCGAACAAUGACGGUCCGCGGAGCAGCGAGAGCAGCCACGAGCCCGUCUCCGGCUCGUCCUACUACUCGGAAUACUCACUCAAAAUGCAAUAG